CAAGGUUUAUCACUCACAAGGUUUAUUAUUCACAAGGUUUAUUACUAACAAGGUUUAUCACUCACAAGGUUUAUCACUCACAAGGUUUAUUAUUCACAAGGUUUAUCACUCACAAGGUUUAUUACUCACAAGGUUUAUUAUUCACAAGGUUUAUCACUCACAAGGUUUAUUAUUCACAAGGUUUAUCACUCAAAAGGUUUAUUAUUCGCAAAGUUUAUCACUCACAAGGUUUAUUACUCACAAGGUUUAUCACUCACAAGGUUUAUCACUCACAAGGUUUAUUACUCACAAGGUUUAUCACUCACAAGGUUUAUCACUCACAAGGUUUAUUACUCACUGGUUUAUCAUGCAUAAGGUUUAUCAUUCACAAGGUUUAUCAAUCACAAGGUUUAUUAUUCACAAAGUUUAUCACUCACAAGGUUUAUCACUCACAAGGUUUAUUACUGACAAGGUUUAUCACUCACAAGGUUUAUUACUCACAAGGUUUAUCACACACAAGGUUUAUUAUUCACAAGGUUUAUCACUCACAAGGUUUAUUAUUCACAAGGUUUAUCACUCACAAGGUUUAUCACUCACAAGGUUUAUUACUCACUGGUUUAUCACGCAUAAGGUUUAUCAUUCACAAGGUUUAUCAAUCACAAGGUUUAUUAUUCACAAGGUUUAUCACGCACAAGGUUUAUUACUCACAAGGUUCAUCACGCACAAGGUUUAUCACGCACAAGGUUUAUUAUUCACAAGGUUUACUAUUCACAAGGUUUAUCACUCACAACAUUUAUUACUUAUAUUAAAGUUUAUUUCCAAGUCUAUUGAUUGUGUAAGUUGAAUAUCAUUAAGAGCUACAAAUAAUUUAAUGUCAGGGAGAAUACAUAACAGCUACAUGUAUUUAAAACCCUUUAAAUAACAUUUUACUUACUCUUUUUUGAACAAUGUGAACGAUAAGAACUAACACAAGCCCAUCCACUAUGGUCCAAUUUCUCACCAAUCAUGGUCCAUUUGUUACCAUAUUCAUUUUGUAGGACCUUUAGCUUUUUAAUAUUUUCAUCACUCAUU